AUGAAGCCGUGCACUCACAAAAAUAUCUACACCGAGUGUAGCCCAGCGGCUGAAGAAGCCGGCUUCACUCGACCCCCCGUCAACAAGCGCCUGGCAGCAACGACGGCUUCUGGGCGACGAACAGCUGAGAAACUCGCAACGCAUCAGGAUGCAAUGAACAAUGGCGGGAGCUUCCCGGGCCCUUUGGUUCUACCUGACGAUGAUUUGGCGCUGGACCCUGACUAUCCCCCGCAGAGCCUGAAAUCAUGGCUCUCAUACAACAAAAAGAUGCCCAUUUCAGCGGAGAGGAACGCAAUUUACGUCGUGCCGCCUCCGGAAAUCACAAACGGCGUCAAGGCAAUGAUGAAGGGCUGGGAGAAGCCACACGUGCCUGGGGAAUUCGGCACGUCUGGCCUUCCGGAGGGAAUCCCCGUGCCUACGACAAACGAUGUGUGCGGCUACUUGGGUGCAUUUUAUCACAAAAUGGUCAUAAAAAAGCACCAUGGUAAGUUUCGCUGGCAGGCGUGGGAAUCGGGAUCCUCAAAGGACCAGAAGUACAUCGGGCUUGCGACCCCGAAGCCCGCAGAGGAGGUCAUUGGCAUCAGGUAUCGACCGUCGCCAGACGGCAUCGCGAGAAUGCAGGUCAAUCUCAACGACGUGCUGGACGCUCUGAUUGACCGCGUGCCGCCUGAUGCUUAUGCCAUCGUCAUGCUCACAAACCAAGACUUGUACGAGGACGAUGACGAUGACUUUUGCUGCGGCAGAGCGUACGGUGAAAGCCGGAUCGCUGUUGUCUCGUCGUUUCGAUACAAUCCCGCGUUGGAUGGCUACUCCGACAUCCAGCUCGAGCACAUGUGGCCAGCCUCCCACUGUAAGAGCUACGUUGAUGCGCUGUGCGGAACAAGCAAACAACAGCCCAAACGAGCCAAAGCCCCAAACACCUCGACAUCGUCUCCGGACUCGCCAAUCGCAGCCGCGAUAAAUGCGUGCAACGCCGUGCCCAAACCAAAGACCAGAGACGAGUUUGCCGGGAUCUGGUUCUCCCGCGUCGCCCGCACCACGGCCCACGAGCUGGGCCACUGCCUUGGCAUGGACCACUGCGUCUACUACGCAUGCACCAUGCAAGGAACCGCGGGGAUGGUGGAAGACGUGCGACAGCCGCCCUACCUCUGUCCCGUUUGCUUGAGCAAACUCUCCCGAGGGCUGUGCCCCCCCGUCGGGACGGGCGCGGUUGUCGACCUGCAGCGGGAAUUCAUCGACCAGCGGUACAGCGUGCUACGGGACUUUUGCGAUGAUUGGAAGCAUGUGGCCAUGUUUGCAGGGUAUCAGGCGUGGAUUGACGGGAGGCUGAAGGAGAACAAAGAAAAUGGUGAGACUUAA